GUGUGUUGCUAUUACUGUAUUGCAUACGUCAAGUGGUCAUGUAAAUGUGUGUUAUGCAACCUUUAGAGGUUUCCAAAUCCCAGCAUGUAGAACUUGGUCAACUCUGUGUGUAUGUAUACUACUGUCGUGGUGCUUUUGAUAUGAAUCAAAAGUCCCUCUGAGGCCAUUGAAGGCGUGCCCGUGAGGUUCCAUUGUUCUCUGAGAGGCUCCCUCCUUUGUCUCCACUCACUAUAUAAACUAGUACCAUAUCCCUCACUGCACUGUAUGUGCAUCCUAGCCUGUACAAAUGUAUCUGUUGGUGGUGAUAGUUGCCGUAGCACUGGUUGUAGAGACAGCUGUGAGUGUACCCGUGUCAGGGAACUGUGCUGUACAGUAUCAAACCUCUCUCAAUGAGACUAUGCGUCUCAAAGACUCGUGUCCUGAGGCAGAGUUCAGGGACUGUUGUCAGGCUAUGAAGGCAUCGACCAUCUUCAACGGCUAUUCCCCAGAGUCUGGAGUGUAUGACAUCACCAAUGUGUGUGAAGACUCCACCCCCUUCACACUGGAUGCUCUCCCCGCUAUGCAGGCUCGCUGUGACAUGAAGACAGACAAGGGAGGAUGGACUGUCCUCCUCAGGAGAACUCCUGACGUCAGUCCGAGGGUUGACUUUGCUCGGAAUUGGGUCGAUUACGAGAAUGGAUUCGGACACUUGAGCACAGAGUUUUGGUACGGACUAAAGAACAUGCAUUGUUUGACAAAGCGAGAGCCAAUGCAAGUUAGGGUUGACCUCAAGCGAACUGAUGGAACUGGAUUGGUUUUGACGUACAACAGAUUCAGUAUCGAUGGUCCUGACACACAGUACACGCUUCAUGUUGGAGAGCCACAGCAAUCUGGUGAAGACUUCUUCGGCCAUCAUGACGGAAUGAAAUUUUCCACUCGAGACAGAGACAAUGAUCGAAGCAGAAAUGUUUGUACUAACUCUAAUAAUGACAAUGCUGGUUGGUGGUUUAACGAGUGCUAUAAGAUCUAUCUCACAAGCCUGCCCACAAUUGGUGCUCUUACAUGGACUAAUAAGCUGGAGCCAGCGUAUGCGUAUGCUGAGAUGAAGGUUCGACCACUCUCCUGUGCAGCUGACGACAAUACUUGUCCAUAUACCAUAUCCUUCACUGCACAUCCUAGCAGCUGUAUAGUUCAGACAAUGUAUCUGUUGGUGGUGAUAGUUGCCGUAGCACUGGUUUUAGAGACAGCUGUGUGUGUACCCGUGUCAGGGAACUGUGCUGUACAGUAUCAAAGCUCUCUCAAUGAGACUAUGCGUCUCAAAGACUCGUGCCCUGAGGCAGAGUUCAGGGACUGUUGUCAGGCUAUGAAGGCAUCGACCAUCUUCAAUGGCUACUCUCCAGAGUCUGGAGUGUAUGACAUCACCAACGUGUGUGAAGACUCCACCCCCUUCACACUGGAUGCUCUCCCCGCUAUGCAGGCUCGCUGUGACAUGAAGACAGACAAGGGAGGAUGGGUUGUCCUCGUCAGGAGAACUCCUGACGUCAGCCCGAGGGUCGACUUUGCUCGGUAUUGGGUCGAUUACGAGAACGGAUUUGGAGAUUUGAGCACAGAGUUUUGGUACGGACUAAAGAACAUGCAUUGUUUGACGAAGCGAGAACCAAUGCAAGUUCGGGUUGACCUCAAGCGAACCGAUGGAACAGGAUUGGUUUUGACGUACAACAGAUUCAGUAUCGAUGGUCCUGACACACAGUACACUCUCCACGUGGGGGAACCUCAGCAAUCUGGCUUUGACUACUUUGGUACUCAUAACGGAAUGAAGUUUUCCACUCGAGACAGAGAUAAUGAUAUACAUAGUGAUAUUGCUUGUAGUGGCGGUUAUGGCAAUGCUGCUUGGUGGUUUUCCAAUUGUUAUCACAUCUACCUCACAGCCCCACCCACAAUUGGUACCGAUACAUGGACUACUAAGGUGCAGCCAGCGUAUGCGUAUGCUGAGAUGAAAGUUCGACCACUCUCCUGUGCAACUGCAGUUGACGAUACUUGCGAAUAAACUGUUGUGAAACAAUUUGUUUUGUUGUUUAGAUUACUUUUCAAUCUUGUUUGUAUGUUGUGAAGUGCAUUUACGUGAUGCAUGAUCCAGUCCCAAAUUCAUCUUUCAUAA